GAUUCUGUCCAAUGCUUUAAAGCCUCCUUCCUGAAACUGUUCAGACCAGACAAGGAAAAAGUGCAACAGGACUGAGUUUGUAUUCUGAAACCACUGGACUUUUCUGGGUGACUAUGACCCGACGGAGCAGGUCCUUUCUGCUGUUAAUUCUGUUUGGGAUUCAGGCUGCUGUUUUGGUUUCAGCUUAUCCCAGAGAGCAUCUGGUGCGACAAAAAAGACAGUGGGUGGUCCCUCCUAUACACCUGAACGAGAAUGAGGACCACACCCACAAGUUGUCUAUUGCCAAGAUCCGAUUGGACUUUGCAGGGUCGGAAAAAAUUACUUAUUCCUUAGAGGGCAUCGGAGCAAAUCAGUACCCUUUUCAUGUGUUUGUGGUUGACCCUCGUACUGGAGACGUCCGCGUGACCAAAAUCCUUGACAGGGAGGACAUCGCCCUAUACAAGCUUUCAGGUCUUGCUCAUUUUCAAGAUGGAAGUGAAGCAGAGGAACGUAUUGACCUGCGAAUUAAGGUCGUGGAUGUAAAUGACAAUCCUCCAGUAUUUCCUUCAACGAUGGAAGCUAAAGUGUAUGAACUCAGCCCUCUAGGAACUUCAGUUAUACAAAUCACUGCCACUGAUAGAGAUGAUCCUGAAACAGCCAACGCUAAGAUCGCCUACUCCAUCAUAGACCAGAAACCCCGCGAAGACUUUGGCAUUAGCAAGGAUGGCAUGAUCUAUGUCAGCAAUCCUAACUUGGACAGAGAAGAAGAAGAUACAUACAUUCUAACAGUGACUGCUGCAGAUCUAUACGGUGAGCCAGGUGGACACAUUACAACAGGCACCGUCACUAUCAAAAUCCAAGAUGUCAAUGACAAUCCUCCAACUCUAGAAAAAUCUGAACAUGAGGGAACCAUUUUGGAGAACACACACAAUGUUGAGGUGAUGAGGCUCAAAGCAGAAGACCUGGACGAAGAGAACACAGACAACUGGGUUGUUGUUUAUGAAAUCGUCAAAGGGAACGAGGCCGGAUAUUUCAGCAUAAAAAAAGAUCCCAUAACCGGCGAAGGCAUCUUAAUGCUUGAUAAGGCUGUGGAUUUCGAGGAUGUAAAAACCCUGGACCUAGGGCUAGCGGUGCGCAACAAGGCCCCCCUAUUUGACGGAUCUAUUCCCAAUGGUGGAGCUAGUAUUGGUUUUGGAGGAGGUCCCAGUGGUGCCAGUGGUGCCUCUGGUGCCAGUGGUGCCUCUGGUGCCAGUGGUGCCUCUGGUGCCAGCGGUGCCAGUGGCUCCAGCAGCUCCUCUGGAACCGGUGGAUCCAGUGGAAAUUUCCAAACCUAUCCAAUCAAAAUCAAUGUGAAGAACCAGCCAGGAGGACCACAUUUUGAUCCAGCAGUCAAAGCUAUUCCAGUCACAGAAGGAAGCGAGUCUGGUGCCAGUGGUGCCUCUGCUGCCAGUGGUGCCACUGGUGCCUCUGGUGCCAGUGGUGCCAGUGGUGCCUCUGCUGCCACUGGUGCCUCUGGUGCCAGUGGUGCCUCUGCUGCCACUGGUGCCUAGGGUGCCAGUGGUACCUCUGCUGCCAGUGGUGCCACUGGUGCCUCUGGUGCCAGUGGUGCCUAGGGUGCCAGUGGUGCCUCUGCUGCCACUGGUGCCAGCAGCUCCUCUGGAAGCAGAGGAGGCAUCCAUGGCUUUUAAAUUUUGUCUUGUCUUAGUCUCAUUAACAAAAAUAAUUUUUCAUUUUUGGCCUAUUUUUAUUUUCUGGAAACAAUUUUUGUGCGUCAUGGUCUCAUCAUUGUCACAUGAAAAAGGGGCGUUGACAAAAUGAACACUGCUAUGAGACAAAGCAGAGAGAGUAGAACGUUAGAGAUUGAACUAAUAGAUUCUGCAGAGUGGGAGAAUAGAGAUAGAAUAAAGCAGAUUGAUUAAAUGAUGAGUUCAGUGGCUUAAGUGAAUAAAUAGAACGAUUGAAAUUGAGGCACUGGAGUUUACACAACAAACAGACGGAGAGGAAUGAAAUAUAGAUCGAUCUCUAUUAGAUCAGAAUGAUCCACAUGGUUGAAACCUCAAAAUAAAAACAUCUGGAUGGAAAGAACUAUGUCUUUGAUCAACAUUUGCCAUGGAGAGAUACAAUGUGCCACCUUAUAACAACAGCUUGCUAAAAGGUGGUUUCACUCUGUGGACUCGGGUUCUACGGCUCUGAUGCUUUCUCUGAACCUACAAGCUUCUCCCCUGGAAAACCAAAUCAGACUGCCUGCACUGCUCUGUUCAUCUGUUUCAGCAGCACUAAACUCUCAGUCAUCCAGCCCGCAGUGACAUCACCAUCACUGAGAUCUGCAGAGGAACCUAAAUCUUCCUCCUCCUCCUCAUGGGUCUGUGAAGGUUGGGGGCUUUUCUAAAUCCAGCCACUCAGCCGAUCUCUCCAUCUCGGAGGUUGUUCUCUCAUCUGCUGACCAGUUUCUUGCUGUAUUCUAUAAAUAAACACUUUAAUCACUC